AAGCUUCCGGGAAGAUAGAAGCAGCCGCAGCUGCCCAGGUGAGCGGCUGAGGGGGAGAGGAAGAGGGACGGGCUCGCCCGGCUCCGGUCCUGAGGGAGAGGAAGGCGCAGCUCCUCUCGGGGAUAACUGUGUCCCUUGAUAUAGAAACACAUCUUCCUUUUAAGACUUUGCUCCACAAUGGAGGAGACCGGCCGAGAGGCAGUUGCAACGGCUGUGCAGAGAGUCGCUGGGAUGCUGCAGCGGCCAGAUCAACUGGAUAAAGUGGAACAAUAUCGCCGGAGGGAAGCACGGAAGAAGGCUUCAGUGGAAGCUAGACUGAAGGCGGCAAUCCAGUCACAGCUAGAUGGCGUCCGAACUGGCUUAAGCCAACUGCACAAUGCACUGAAUGAUGUAAAAGAUAUUCAACGUUCUUUGAUUGAUGUCAAUAAAGACUGGCGGCAAAGUAUAAACACCAUAGAAAGCCUCAAGGAUGUUAAAGAUGCUGUAGUUCAGCACAGCCAACUAGCAGCUGCUGUAGAGAACCUCAAAAAUAUCUUCUCAGUGCCAGAGAUAGUACAGGAGACACAAGACUUGAUUGAUCAGGGGGAAUUACUCCAAGCCCACCGAAAGCUAAUGGACUUGGAGUGCUCUCGAGAUGAUCUGAUGUAUGAACAAUAUCGUAUGGACAGCAAGAACACCCGUGAUAUGAACCUCAUUGACAACUAUUUUGGAGAUAUGCAAAAACUUUCUGAAGAGCUGGCCAAGCAACUCUGGAUGGUCAUUCAGAGAUCUCUAGUCACUGUCCGCCGAGAUCCCACCUUGCUGGUUUCAGUUGUCAGAAUAAUUGAGAGGGAAGAGAAAAUAGACAGGCGCAUGCUAGACAGGAAAAAGCAAACUGGAUUUAUCCCCCCGGGCAGACCUAAAAAAUGGAAGGAGAAAAUGUUCAAUGUAUUGGAUCGAACAGUCACCACCAGGAUUGAAGGCACUCAAGCAGACACCAGAGAAUCUGACAAAAUGUGGCUUGUCCGUCAUCUGGAAAUAAUUCGCAAAUAUGUCCUUGAUGAUCUGCUGGUGGCUAAGAACCUUUUGGAUCAAUGUUUCCCCCCACACUAUGAAAUUUUCAAAAAAUUACUAAGCAUGUACCAUCAGGCACUGUCUUUACGCAUGCAGGACCUGGCUUCUGAAGAUCUGGAAGCAAAUGAAAUUGUUAGCCUUUUGACAUGGGUUUUAAAUACCUACAAAAGCAUAGAGAUGAUGGGAAAUCCAGAACUUGCGCCAGAGGUGGAUGUGAAUACCCUGCAGCCAUUGCUUUCCCAGGAAGUGGUGGAUGAGCUUCUUAGCACAUAUAUGUCAACUCUUACAUCCAACAUCAUUGGCUGGCUACGAAAAGCACUGGAGACAGAUAAAAAAGACUGGCUAAAAGAAAAUGAGCCAGAAGCAGAUCAAGAUGGAUACUAUCAAACUACACUCCCUGCUAUUGUGUUCCAGAUGUUUGAACAGAAUCUUCAAGUAGCUACACAGAUAAGUGAAGAUUUGAAAAUAAAGGUACUCUAUUUGUGCCUUCAACAAAUGAGUUCAUUCCUCAGCAGGUACAAAGAGGAAGCAAAUUUAUAUAAAGAAGAGCAUCUAAGAAAUCGUCAGUACCAUCUGUGCUAUGUUCAGUACAUGGUUGCCAUCAUCAACAAUUGUCAGACCUUUAAGGAAUCUAUCAUCAGUUUGAAAAAGAAAUACUUAACUCCUGUGAUGGAAGAGCUUAUGACAAGCAGUCAUGCAUGCAUUGAUGCAGUUCUGGAUGAUGUUGCCAAGGAAGGAUGUGCAAGCCUGCUUGAUGAAGUCUUCAUGGAUUUAGAGCCACAUCUCAGUGAACUGAUGACAAGGAAAUGGCUGGCAGGAUCCAAUGCAGUAGAUACAAUUUGUGUAACAGUGGAGGAUUAUUUCAAUGAUUUUGCAAGAAUAAAGAAGCCCUGUAAGAAGAAAAUGACUAUUGAGUGCCAUCGUAGAGUUGUUGUAGAGUACAUCAAGGCUAUUAUGUUAAAGCGUAUUACUUUCAAGAAUGCAGAAGAAAGAAAAGAAGGUGCUGAAAGAAUGAUCAGAGAAGCUGAACAGUUCAGAUUUCUGUUCAAGAAACUUACUGCUGGAUCUGGAGAGGAAACAGAAGGACUUUGUGACGUCAUUGAAGCUAUUGCAGAAGUAUUUAAGUUGACAGAUCCAUCACUACUUUACCUAGAAGUCUCAACUUUAGUUAGCAAACACCCAGAUAUCAGGGAUGAUCAUAUUGCAGCUUUACUGACAAUGCGAGGAGAUGCCAGCAGAGAGAUGAAGCAGACCAUAAUUGAAACUCUGGACAAAGGCCCAACCAUGCCAAAUCCAAACUAUGUGCCCAUUUUUAAAGAAAUUACAGUUCCAACAUUAACUGUGCCAAAGCUUCUUAAGUAAUAGCAACAUAUUUCGGUAUGGAUCACUUUGGUGUAGUGUUAAUAUAUUGUAGCCUAAUCUGGCUUUGCACUUAGAAAACACAUGGGAAUUUCAUGCUGGACUUUUAGUUUUUGUGUCUGAUGUUAGCUUAGUCACUUGAAGAGUAUUCUGUAUUCUGAUGGCCAGAAUGCUUUAAAUUGAUGUCUUUGCCAUCAGUUGUUUUGACAAAGUCUGUCUUGAACUUUUUGUGUGUACUCUGAUGACUAACUGAAUAGGUUUUAGAAAAUGUAUUAGGGAUGGAUUUAUGCUUUAUUCAUGAAAAAUGAAAAUUUGAAAUUGUUGAGGUACAUUGGUUAUUGUUCCCCCACCCCGAUUUAACAGACUUAUUGGAUUUGAAAGCAGAUGUGUAUAAAGGAUUGCUAAAUGUGCGAUGCCAUUUGCAUUGGGAAUGGAGACUGUUCAGAGCUUCCCUCUCCCUUCAGGAACCUUUAACACAAACUUUAUACAUGCUCUCUACUUAUUUUCAGUAUUGCAUGUCAUUCCACAACACAAAAUUCUCUAGGUGGCUUACACUGAAAAACACUGUCAGCAUAAAGUGAACAAUUAAAGCAUGAAAUUAAAAAACACGGCAUACAAAACCACCAAGAUUCAAAUACAGAAUUCAUAAUUUGUUUAAUAGGCAUGAGUAAACAGGAAGGUCUAUACUUGGUGCCCCCAAACAAAACACACAGAAGCUUUCUGUCACCGAAUCAGACUGUCAUUGAUCCAGGAAUUUUGCUGGUGGCCCAAGAACCAUCUGUGGCAUCGCAUCUUUCACCACCUAAGCCUGGUACAUCACAUGCAACACAACCUGAAUAGAGAGCCUCACUACAUUUACCCAUGCUCUGGUAACCUCCAGAUUAUAUUGGUUCAUAUGUGAGGACUGACUUUUGAAGACUGCCCAGAAACUGCAGUUAGUACAAAGAAAAGGAAUGGAGAGACAGAGCUGUGUGUCGUACUGUUGACUAUGUACUCCAAAUUUCCAGGUGACGGCUCACAUUGAUUUCAUAUACAGUCAUACCUCGGGUUGUGAACGCUGCGGGUUGCACAUUUUCGGGUUACGGACCACGCCGAACCCGGAAGUACCGGGACAGGUUACUUCCGGGUUUCGGCGCUCACGCAUGCGCAGAAACACAAAAUGACGCCGUGCACGUGCAGAAUCGCGUCACACGCGUUCGCAGAUGCGGAGCUGCAGGUUGCAAAUGUGCCUUCUGCACGGAUCAUGUUCGCAACCCGAGGUAUGACUGUAGAUUAUGAAUAGCAUAUGAGAUAGAAUGGACCAUUGUGGGACCCCCCCCCCAGCUCAAACCCCAGAGUCAAUCAACUGUCCACAGUAGUUUCUGGAAAUUAUGCUGCAGGUAAGAGCAGAACCACUGUAAUACAGUGACUCCUCGAGACAUUGCAGGACACCAUGAUUGCUGGUGUAAAACACUGUAGAAUUGGAAGGGUUCCCAAGGGUCAUCUAGUCCAACCCCCUGCAAUGUAGGACUCUCAGGAGCAACCAUACUGUGUUAACCAUAAAGAGUGGGUCUUAUGAUAGCAAGAUAAAUAGUUGCUUCCAAUCUGGGGUGGGUGGGGAAUACCCUUCUGAAGCACUUAAUUCACCAUUGGAGGGGGAUAACAAGAAGGAAAGAUGGAUUUGACUCUGUAUGCUCUCAGGUUACCUUGCUUAUUAACAAUAGUGCAGUAAUCUCCCUUUUGUCCCCAGUCACGGCAGCCACUAUGAAGAAAUAAUUCUUUAGGGUCCAUAUGAGCUGAAUCUGUAUUGUAAAAGAGUUCCCCUGUUUUUGAUGUCACGUGGAUGACUGAAUACAAGACUUAUAAUCUG